AUGUCGUCCAGUUUCUCGGCGAACCAGUAUGACGGCGCCUUCAGCUCCACCAGGCUGCAGAACUGGUGUGAGACCAGGACCUUCAGACAGAGACCCGGAGCUCAGGAGGGCCACAGCAGCUUCAUCGCUGAUGACAGAGGUCACCUGCUGCCAGGAGUGAGGAAGAGAGGAAGUGCAUGGCCCCACUUUAAAGGGACCUGGGAUCUCCCCGCUCGGAUCCCGGCCCGUCCCAUCAACCCCACAGGUCGCUCUGAGGAGGGUCUGAGCCGGCUCAGGUCCUGGGGAUUUGAUACAGCGAGGUCGGAGACACGCAGCAGGAGCUCGGAGGGGCCGCAGGGCACUGGGCAGAGCGACGGUGCUGACCCUCCACCCUCUGCGGCUCAGGCUCCACCAGCGUCUCAGGACCGACCCGUCUCUGGAGGAUCCCAGAACCAGGACGGCGAGACCACCAGGAGUCCUGGAGCUGCAGAGAGAGACAGAACGCCGAGCCCUGCUGCAGAGGAGAAACCAGCGGUGAGCUCUGCAGCCUCACAGGGCAGCAGAGCUCGCAGCGUCACAGGGGGUCAAGCGGCCGAGGAGUUAGUCCCAGGAACCCCAUCAUCCUCCAGGCAGUCCCACAGAGACGCCCGGCAGCACCAGUGACCUCUGACCUCAGUAAAUCUAAGAGCAUAAUGCAAAAUAAAACCUUCUAACUGCAGCAGCUGGGACUCACUUUAGCAUCACUGCAUUCUAUAAAAGCAUUAGUAACAGUCUGGUAUUCUGCUGAUGGAGAAGUGAAACCCUUCAAAAUAAAAGCACACAGUCUGAGAUUAUCUAAUGACUGUGGUUAAAAUCUGAAAUUACUGCGUAGGUGUAGCACAACAGCAGCUGUGGUUUCUCAUUCAGGGCGUGGCGACUGCAGACUGAGACGCUCUGUUAGUGAGGAACAAUGAGAGUGUCUGUCAGAGAACGCACCCGAGUCACACCUGAACA